UGUAAAUAGCAUUGGCAUUACUGUUAAUAUAGUCCUAUAAUUAAUUACAUAUCAUGUCCUUCGAGUAAGGGCACUUCAACGUUGUUUGUCUGUUCAAGGCCACAAUUACGAUGAUCGAUUUCGGAGUAAUUCUCGACCAUGUCGGAGACUUUGGACGAUAUCAGGUGGCAUUGUGCUGCAUGGUGUUCUAUCUUACCGUAUCUUGUGCAAUGCACAUCCUCUCACCUGUGUUUUACGCUGCACCUAUGGAUUUCAGGUGUCGCGUCCUAUCAAUUGAAAAUCUAAUUGUUAGCAAAAAUUUUAGUGAUGAAUUCAUAACAAAUGCAACGUCGUAUUUUAAUCACGAGACUUCGAAGUAUGACGGUUGCCAAAGGCUGCCGUUGAACCUCACAUCAUGCAAUUUAACUAUGGAAUGUAUUAUGACAAAUUCAACUCCAAUUAGCUGUGUUGAUGGCUACCAUUAUGAUAGAACGGAGUUCAUAGAGACUACUGUUUCGGAGUGGAAUUUAGUUUGCGACAGACACUUCCUCAAUACCGUAGAACACUCAAUAUUCUUCGUUGGUGCAAUGGCAGGGGGAUUUGUAGCAGGAUAUCUAGCAGAUAGAUUUGGAAGAAAACCAGCAUUGAUGUGUUGUUGCUUGGGAAUUAUAGUAUUUGGUUCAAUUGCAUCUUUAGUCCCGUGGUUUCCUGCGUUUGUCGUUGCUCGCUUUUUUGUAGGAAUGUGCGCCGUAGGACAGGAUUUUUUAACGCAAGUUUAUGUUAUUGAAAUCACUGGAAGAAAACGUACCACUGCGUCCAUACUUGGCCAGGUUGCGUUUGGAAUCGGACUUUUUGUCAACUCCUUCAUUUCUUACUUUGUUCGAAAUUGGAGAUAUUUUUAUUUGAUGUUGUCGCUUUUCAACGUACCAUACAUCGUAUUUCACUAUCUUAUUCCGGAGUCACCCAGGUGGUACUUCUCUAAAUCAAAAAAUGAACUCGGUAAAAAAGUUGCGCAACGAUUUGGAAAAUACAACAAAAAGAAAAUUACGCCAGAUAUUUGGAGAGAAGCAGAAAUAUCACUUAAAGAUAUUACAGAUACGUCAAAUGAAAAAUACACAUUCCUUGAUUUAUUCAAACCGAAGAAAAUGAGAAUGAUAACCAUAUGUAUAAAUAUAUGUUGGUUCGUUUCUUUUAUGACGUAUAUAGGUUUAUCGUUGAAUGUUGGAAGUCUAGCAGGAAAUAUAUUUUUGAACAAUGCAUUCAAUGGAGUCGUAUCUGUCGUGUGUUCUAUAUUUCUUAUUUUCACAAUUAAUAGAAUCAGUCGUCGUUUUCUUCUCAGUGGAUCUAUGUUUUUAACGGCAGUUGCAUCAUUUGGGUCUUUCUGUGCAAUAAUUUUCGGUGGCGAUGCACCAGCUGCUGCAACAACUGGAAGAGUAUUAACAUUCAUUGCCUAUCUUGGAAGUUGGAUAGUUAUUGUUGUAUCGUUUAUAUACACAGCAGAAUUGUAUCCAACUGUAAUUAGAAGCAACGCCGUGGGAGUUGCAACUGUUUCUGGUAGCCUGGGUGACAUCGUGGCACCUAUUGUGAUAUCAUCGAAAUAUUUGUGGUUGCCGAGUAUUGUAUUUGGAAUAUUAUCAACUGUAGCUGGAAUUUUAUUUUUACAACUCCCGGAAACUAUUAAUAAGCCUUUGCCAGAGACUUUCGAAGAGGCUGAAUUAUUCUAUGCAAGCAGGAAACCACUGCGACCUUUUGUAAGUGAUGUUCACACACAGCAAUCUACCUUACUGCAGCAAAAAGAGGGCAAUGACGAUCAAUUGGACAAAGAUGUUAUUGACCAACAGAGUUGCUAACCAGAGUCGAAAUGUUUUUGUUUCGUUGUAACUCAAAUUCCAGUUUCUUGACAGCAUUCGUCAUCAAAUUCGCUCAUUUUUGUCGUAUCCUUUGUUUUUUUUUGUUUGCCAAAUUUUCUUUUUUUGUUCAGCAUUUUCUAUAAAUUAUACAACGACUGUAACAAUCUCGUAUCAAAAUAAUGUUCGUAUAUUAUAAUUUAUUUGGAAUGCGGUAAAGAUGAAUGGAACAGCGCAUUA